CAUUGGGAGUCUCAGUGGCCUGUUCUGAAGCAGGUGGUUGUUAAGGAUAAUCCAGGUAAGUCUUUAAUGCUGGAGAUGUGCUGGAGGAGACGAGUGGAGGGGAGGCGGGUGGGUGGGGAGAUUGCUAAUUGUGGCCUACUAAUCCAACCCCUCCCCCAUUUUCACCCACCUCCACAUCCUCCUCUGUGUCACGUCUGAGGAAGGCCAGACGCAUAGAGAAGGAAAGGUACUGCACCCUGUUAAGUGAAGAGCCAGUAUUUCAAGGGAAGAGGAUCCAGGAAACAGUGUACAGAUAAGAAAACCAAACACUUACCUGGAUAUAUCCUGCAUAGAAUGUAGCUGCGCCUUUCCAUCUGUCUCCGCAUCCUCUUCCUACCACAAAAUUCACGGCACCAUGGGAGAAGUCCAAAAGGGUUUGUUUUCAGUCAUUGAGAAGCUAAAAGGCACUACUGAGCAAGAGCUGCGGAUAGUUCUUCUCGGUCUCGAUAACGCCGGAAAAACCACUUUGUUAAAACAACUCGCCUCAGAAGAUGUGAACACCAUCACUCCAACUCAGGGUUUCAACAUUAAAAGUGUGUCCUGUGAUGCCAUGAAGCUGAACGUGUGGGACAUUGGAGGACAGAGGAAAAUCCGACCAUUCUGGAAGAAGUACCUGGAGAACACAGAUUUAUUGAUUUAUGUGAUUGACAGUGCAGACAAAAAGAGAUUUGAGGAAACAGGAUUGGAGCUCUCGGAGCUCAUCGAUGAGGAGAACCUGAAGGGUGUGCCAUUGCUCAUCUUUGCCAAUAAACAGGACCUGGCCACAGCCUCUCCGGCCAGCGAGAUCGCCGAGGGCCUCAACCUGCACACGUACCGGGACAGAGAGUGGCAGAUCCAGGCCUGUUCUGCUGUAUCUGGGGAGGGUGUACAGGAUGGCAUGAACUGGAUCAGCAACAAUAUUGUGAAUAAGAAAAAAUGAAUCUGUGCACCUGCUAGUGUUAUUUUGUACAAUUGUGCUGAUUCUUCUGUUAAUGUCAACCACGUAUAUAAAAAUAAAAAUACUUUGGAAAACUUUUUUUUUUUUUUUUUUGGUAAAUAUAUGAUCUAUAAAAAUAAAUGAUCUAUCUUCUUAUUUGUGAAUUGGCUCCCAGCAGAGACUGACAGGAAAUCAAACGAAACAAAUCAUUUUCCGUCUCUUAUCUUUCAUGCUCUUACAGAGAGUUUUUGUUGCUUUCUGACUAGACAAGCUUUCUUUAAGAUCUGUAAAUCAUGAUUUUGCUGUCAUGUUUUUGAGAAAUAUGACACACCAGGGCAUAAAUAAUGCACACAAGCAAGAUUUGCAGUCUAAAAUAAGAAUGAGGUAUCCGUGUAUCUAUCAAAUACAUAUAUAUAGUCUUCUUCAGCUGUUUCGAUAGCUGUCCCACCAGAGAAUUCUCUAACAGAGCAAAACUCUGGAAUUUUGUGUAAGAUGAUGUAUCAAAGCAAGGUUUUUUGUUUGUUUGUUUGUCUCAGUAUGACUGGAUUUGAUAGUUUCUAUGAUUAUACUUUGUGGAUUACAUGUUUAUGACUAUGUGAAAUGAAAUUGUGACAUUAAAUUUUUCUUUAGUUGU